GAGGCUCAGAGCUCAGCGAGAGAAAGCUGAAAAAGCACAAAAAUGUCGGUUUCAACUCUCAAGUUGAAGAUGAUGAAGAUCAAUCAAAAUAUCUCCAUUCCCCAUUUGUUUGCCUUCCAAAUAAAUAUCCUGGCCCCCAUUUCUCUUUCUCCAUCUCUCCAAUGGCGCUUUCUGCCAUCUCCACGGCUCCAUUCGCUGUCUCCUUGGGGUUCCACCGCCCAGUGGGCCGUCGACUUCCCUAUCCUUGUGCUUCUUUGAGCUCUUCAUCUUCCGAAUCUAAAUCCGCCAAAGCGUCAUCGCCCACUGAUAACGUGGUUUCCUCUAAUGGAACUUCCGCUCCCUUGGUUGAACCCUCCAGAGCGGCGGACUCGAACUUCAACUACGCCUUCGCCAACCCCAGUGGCGGUGGUGGUGCUUUUCACUCGAUUCUUGGGUUUAUGCAAUCCACUGAAUCCUCGAUCGAGAGGGCUAUUUUUGACUUCCGUUUCUUGGCACUGCUUGCUGUUGGAGGUUCACUGGCCGGUUCAUUCCUGUGCUUUCUCAAUGGCUGCGUUUAUAUUUGUGAUGCAUAUAAAGUUUACUGGUCCAGCUGUGUCAAAGGGAUUCACACCGGACAAAUGGUUCUGCGACUAGUUGAAGCAAUUGAUGUAUAUCUUGCUGGAACUGUCAUGUUAAUCUUUGGGAUGGGCCUAUAUGGAUUGUUCAUCAGUAAUGUGUCUCCUGAUGCACCUCCCCUUGUUGAUCGUGCCCUGAAAGGAUCCUCGCUGUUUGGAAUGUUUGCUUUGAAGGAGAGACCAAAAUGGAUGAAAAUCAGCUCUCUUGAUGAAUUGAAGACGAAAGUAGGACAUGUUAUUGUCAUGAUUCUUUUAGUAAAAAUGUUCGAGAGAAGCAAGAUGGUAACAAUAGCCACUGGUCUCGAUCUACUGAGUUAUUCCGUCUGCAUUUUCCUGUCGUCUGCUUCUUUAUACAUCCUCCAUAAUCUACACAGGCCAGAAUAGGAAUACAAAGUCUGUAUUCCAAGGAAGAGCAUAUUGAUGGAGCUUUGGAAUUUAUCAUAUGAAGCCUUUAUUUGUUUGGUUUUGGAUGCUCUUAUUUCCUGUAAUGUCUGUGUAAGAGCUGAAUGCUAUUUCCUGUCCCAAAUCUCCUGGUAGAAGAAAAUAUUGCAGUUUCUUUUAGGGAUAAUUGCAAGGUAUAUACUUGUGGUUCAAUGUUAUUGUAAAUAUAGUUCCAAUGGUCUAAUCAUGAUUGCUCAUAUUUAUGAGUUAAUCAUUUGUUAAA